AUGUCUGUUUUCUCCAUUAUCCCCAAGCCCGGAAAUCCUGUCACUGCCCAAGUCUUCGACGACGUCUGCGCCAGUCUCAAAAUCAGCGUCAAAGAUUCCGAAAAAGAUGAUUACAGAAAACUCCUCGCAGUAUUCCAUGAUUCGGCGGAGGAGUUAAUGGCGAUGCCUGAAUUUGAGCCUGAAACAGAUACUACGCGGUUUCCACGGGAAAAUUUGCAUUUUCCAGGGAAAGAGGAUAAUGAAUACGGGGCUUGGGCUUGGAAGGUGAGGAUCAAAGAUCAGAGACCGACGAGUGGGAAUGGAUUGUUAGAGGGAAAGACUGCAGCGUUGAAGGAUAAUAUCGCGGUGAAAAACGUUCCAAUGCUCUUGGGGACUGCUUUCGUGAAGGGGUAUAUUCCUAAAGUCGACGCAACAGUCGUAACCCGCCUCCUCUCAGCUGGCGGCAUCAUCGUUGGCAAAGCUGUCUGCGAAAACCUGUGCCAGAGCGCAACUUCUCAUUCCGCCGCGACUGGCGUCGUCGAGAACCCCCGUGCAAAAGGGUAUUCAUCCGGCGGUAGUUCGUCCGGCUGUGGAGUGCUCGUCGCCUUGGGUGAGGUGGAUUUAGCGAUUGGAGCGGACCAAGGAGGCAGUGUACGAAUUCCAGCGUGCAAUUGCGGAAUCGUUGGAUUCAAGCCCACGUUUGGGCUAAUACCGUAUACGGCAUGUGGGUCGAAUGAACCCACUAAUGACCAUCUAGGCCCUAUGACGAAGACGGUGAUGGAUAAUGCGCUGCUUCUGCAGGCGAUUGCUGGAUCUGACAAUAUUGAUGAUCGAGGUUUUGCUGCACCUGCUCCUUCCGCUAUCCCGCACUACCACAAUAAUUUAACGAAUCUAGAGGCCCCAAAGAACCUGUCUGGCAUUAGGAUCGGAAUCAUUUCAGAGUCGCUGACUGGCGCAGUUCUCGACCCAAGAGUUCGAGAUACGUUCUUGAAAGCCGCUGAGGGAUUCCGAAAACUAGGCGCCAUCGUCGAGGAAGUCAGUAUCCCGAUGCAUUUAAAAGGCCCCGCGAUCUGGACUGGAGUCAGCAAACUCGGCGGAUAUCUGAACAAAACAAGUGGCGCGUUCGGAAGACGAGGUCAUCAGAUGUGGGAUCUGAACGCACUCAUGCAUCCGAUGAAGCAAGAAAAUUGGGAUGAGGGAUAUGUUUCACCAUGGAGAAGGGGACCAACAAGGCUAAUGAAAUAUCCCAGCACCAAAAACCUAUACUUCAACGGCGCCUAUGCCUCCUCCAAAUUCCCCUAUCUCCUCUCUAAAGCCACAAACCUCUCCCGCCACCUCCGAGCCGCAUACGACACCGCGCUCCAAUCCUACGACGUCCUCACCACGCCCACGAUUCCUUACAUAGCGACUUCGCACUCUGCACCCGAUGCCACACCUCUGGAUCAGAUCGCCAAACAAGUCGGGUUGACGAGUAAUACGUGUCAGUUUAAUCAAACGGGACAUCCGGCUUUAACCUUGCCGGUUGGGCUUUUGGAGAUUGAGGAGGGGCCUCUUAAGGGGAAAGGGACGAAGCUUCCAGUGGGGUUGCAGAUUGUGGGGAGGUGGUGGGAGGAGGAAAUGGUGUUGAGGGUAGCGUAUGCGUGGGAGUUGAGCUACGAGUGGGAGGGGAUGUGA